CGUCGUUAACACGGCUGUAAGGAAAGGCGGUGAAAUGCGAACGGAAGUAUUAGAAAGAAGAAACAAGUCAUGAUUUCAGAAUAUUUUCGCUAGGUUUUUAGAUUUAGUAUUUGUUGAGGAACAAUAGAGGUUAUUUAUUUAGUCUUUUUUUUUUUUUACCCCAGCGCGAUGGAGCAGCCGGUGCCUAAAAAUAAAUUGAAGAAGCUCAGUGAAGACAGUUUAACCAAGCAACCAGAGGAAGUCUUCGAUGUCCUUGAAAAACUUGGUGAAGGGUCCUAUGGAAGUGUAUUCAAAGCAAUCCAUAAAGAAUCAGGCCAAGUGGUGGCCAUUAAGCAGGUUCCAGUGGAGUCAGACCUGCAGGAGAUCAUCAAGGAGAUCUCCAUUAUGCAGCAAUGUGACAGUCCCUACGUGGUGAAAUACUACGGCAGUUAUUUUAAAAACACAGACCUGUGGAUCGUGAUGGAGUACUGCGGCGCCGGCUCUGUAUCUGAUAUCAUCCGGUUACGUAACAAAACACUCACGGAAGACGAGAUUGCUACCAUCCUUAAAUCCACAUUGAAAGGUCUUGAGUAUCUGCACUUCAUGAGAAAGAUCCAUAGAGACAUCAAAGCUGGGAAUAUUCUUCUUAAUACUGAGGGACAUGCUAAACUGGCAGACUUUGGCGUGGCUGGACAGCUUACUGACACGAUGGCUAAGAGGAAUACUGUGAUUGGCACACCGUUCUGGAUGGCUCCAGAGGUGAUUCAGGAGAUUGGAUAUAACUGUGUGGCAGAUAUCUGGUCGCUGGGCAUCACGUCUAUAGAAAUGGCAGAGGGCAAACCUCCUUAUGCAGACAUUCAUCCAAUGAGAGCAAUUUUUAUGAUUCCAACGAAUCCACCACCAACGUUCCGGAAACCCGAGCUGUGGAGUGACGAGUUCACAGAUUUUGUAAAGAAAUGUUUAGUGAAGAACCCAGAGCAGAGAGCCACAGCUACUCAGCUGUUACAGCAUCCCUUUAUAACGAGCGCUAAACCGGUGACCAUUCUGAGGGACCUGAUCACAGAAGCGAUGGAGAUGAAGGUAAAGAGACAACAGGAGCAGCAGCGUGAGCUGGAAGAGGAGGAUGACAACUCGGAGGAGGAGGUGGAGGUGGACUCGCACACCAUGGUGAAGUCUGGCUCAGAAAGUGCUGGCACCAUGAGAGCGACAGGCACUAUGAGCGAUGGCGCUCAGACCAUGAUUGAGCACGGCAGCACCAUGCUGGAGUCAGACCUGGGCACCAUGGUCAUCAACAGCGACGAGGAAGACGAGGAUGAAGACGUGGGCUCGAUGAGGAGAAACCCAACAGUGCCGCAAGCCCAGCGUCCAUCGUUCAUGGAUUACUUUGACAAGCAGGAUUCAAACAAAGCACAGGAGAGUUACAAUCACAACCAGCAGGACCCUUACCAUAUGCCCAAGACUGCUUUCCCAGACAACUGGAAAGUCCCACAAGAUGGAGACUUUGAUUUUCUGAAAAACCUCGACUUUGAGGAGCUGCAGAUGCGCCUCAGUGCUCUGGACCCCAUGAUGGAGCGAGAGAUCGAGGAGCUGCGGCAGCGCUACACGGCUAAGAGGCAGCCCAUUCUCGAUGCCAUGGAUGCCAAGAAGCGCCGGCAGCAAAACUUCUAAGACUGACCCCAGAAAGAAAGCGAGUAAAUUUAAAAAAAAAUUAUGAUAAUAAAAAAAGACCUGGCAGGCCAGAUUAUUUCCCCCUCUUACAGUCUUAUAUUCAGUUUCACUCCUGAUGCUGAGCCUCUUAUUGUCCGCCCUCAGCUGCUGAUUAGCCACAGGAGCAUCUGGCUAAGUAUUAGAAUGCUGUUUUACUUUAUUUCUAGGAUAUUCAUCUGAGGCCUGAGCCUUCUUUUUAAAAGGUUGCACUGUGUACAAUAACACAAGCACAGCCCUGUUUAAGUGUAAAGGGGAAGAAAUGGCAGCAGAUCAAGACAGUCAGUUGAUGCGAUGAAACAUUCACAGCCACCAGUGGGUUAAAAUUUCUGUGUAAGGUAUUGAAGGGUUUAGCACACGCAGAUCUACAGUAAUUGAUCUACAAAUCUGUACACAUAUUCAAAUCUGAUUGAAGGGAUUAGAGGACAGGAGGUGUUAACGUCCACUUUCCUCACAUAUUUCUUUAGCCAUGACGCCGUGCGAUACCACACUGUUUCUCAACAUGGCUGGAGUCAUGAUCAUCAACCUUAUGUCUGAAAUCACACCUUGUUCACUAUAUAGUGCACUGAUUUAGCAGAAACGAGUCAUUAUGUUCAUCGUAAACUACAUUGCACUGCAGUAGAUUAAACCAAACAGCAGACCCAACCUGGUACAGAAUAACUAAUAGAUUGUUAUCUGGAGCAGGCGUGUUCGAUUAGGUUUGAAACGUGAUUGAGACCUCUGCAGAGGUGCCUCAACAUUCCUAACAUGAAUUAUUUUUUUAAUUUCAGAAGUGAGACAAGCAACAGUAAGAAAACAGCAAGUGGAACAGCUCGUUAAAAACAAACAGCUGCUCCAGUGUUUUUAAAACAACAAAAGAGACAAUGUCUCUGACUUGUUUUCUGUUUCUAAGUGCAAGGGUUGUGAAUUCACAGGUCAGAGUUCACCUAGAUAAUGCUGGUGCAAAGAGAAAGUAAUGUCCUCCAGAAACAAAUGUGUGUCUUUUUACACGUCACAUCUCACAAGUCCUUUCCCUUCAAUAUAUAUUGGCUUUUCUGCUGGGUGAAUUUUAUUCACAUUUGGUCUGACCACUGUUUUAUAUGAAAAAGCUAAGAAACUGUUAUGUGUUCUGUCUAAACCAGGCGUUCCCAAACUAGGUGUUGUGACCCCACAUGGGGAUCGCUUGAUUUUACAAAGUGGGGUCACAAUAGAAAUCUCCUCUUUUUAUUUGAUUUAUUUAUUUUACAAAUUAAUAUUAGAAAUCUCAAUUUAUAUUUGAGAAUAUUUGUGUGCGAAUAUUUUGAAAAUUUACUAGGAGUGACGUUCAGACAAGCCACAUUUAAAUUAACAAGGACGUGUUAUCUGAGUCUUUUUUUUUCGACAUGCUGCCCUAGCGUAGCAAUAAAAAUGGCCAAAUUUCCCCAUCCAUCUGCCUCCAUGAAACAAACUAGCAUCAUGUCUCCAAUCACAUAGUUGUGUACUGUUCUACACUAUUACUGAGUAAUCAGUUUUCCUGUUGCGGUAAGCGUUCGAAUUUUAAACACCUCUCACAUCACUGUCAAACCGACUGAAAGCUCUGUUUUACAUACCAGUGUUCAGGAGUUUUCUAGAUUAGUAAAUGGGUCAGAGUUUACGAUUUGAGAUGCAGCUCGUGACAACGAUCGUGACGACAGCAGAAAGUUUUCAAAAGAGAGUUGAUCGCUGCGAAUAAAAUCGGACGGACAUGGGAGUUUUGGCUCCGAUUUACCAUCUAGUGAAUGUUGCUUUUAAACCUUUUGGAUGUGCAUGUUAUACACACCGGGUGUGUGAAUGAAUAAUAAUGCUGCUCAGGUUACUACUGCUUCUGCACACACACGCACACAGUAGAAACCAUCUCACUACCCCAGCGUGGAUUAUUUUCCUAUGACAACAGAACUGACCGGUAAAUCAGUGCAAGGAAUAUUCCUUUGUUUUUUUUAGUCACAUACAUUACACAUACUUCUGUUAUUAACAUUAUAAAAUGUUCACGUCUAGAAUGUCCAUUUGGGAUUGUUUGGCCAAAAAGUUUGGGAACGCCUGGUCUAAAUCGUAGAUACUGGCACCUCUGCCUCUGUAAUCAUGAGACUAUUUGGAUGAAUGAACACACAAGAAACAGUUGGACUUUUUAAAAACGAUUAACGUAAACCAAAGACAAUCAAACUAGUGGAACUUUCAUUGGUCGGCCCAAACUUGUAGUCGCAAAUGGGCUUCCCUUACUUCGUCUGGAUUUGGUCUAAGUGAAGUUUCUACUGCUGUGGGACCAGGUUUUAAUAGACUGUGGAUUUAAUUGAAGCUUGAAAUAUCCUCUUUGCAGUACUGAUUGGAUAUAGUGAAGCAGUUAUUAUAAUUGUACUCCUUCCGGUUAUUAAGCUUUUGCUUAUGGACACCACCCUAUCUCUGUAAAUAUGCAUGGAGUAUAUACCUUUCACGUUUGAUUCCUAUAUUGAAUGUCAUUUUUCUCGUCUUUGAAAUUCUUCUUUUCACGUUGAUCUUUUACUAUUUUUAAUCCUAUGCUCAGUAAACACUCCUGUAAAGAAGUGCAAAUCACACACCCUCGGUCUGUCACUUUAUCUCAGGGGUUGAUGAACAGUACUUUCUCUUGAUUGAAUUAAUGACAUUUCUGAUGGCUAACCUUUGUGUCUAUGGGACCAGCAUUAUUAUUUGGUCUGUCUGUGACUGGUACUUAAGCAAUACCACAAACAUAAUCUGAAAAAAUGGCUGUAACAAUGUUGUCGUAAAGGAGGAACCUGUUACAUACAAGACAUUGAUGUAGUACAGCUAUGUGAUGUAGUACAUGGACCUUUAUAAUCAUUACCAGUUUCCCACUGAGGCCUACUGUGGACAUUUUGCUAAUAUUGUCUUAAAAUGAUGUGACCUUUAGCUUGUUUGGUGAAUUGGUUUUACAUGUACUUGCUUAUGAGAUGAGUUUGAUUGUGCUUAAAAUGCCUUACUUUUGUCUUUGAGCAGUUAUAUUAAUUUCAUAAUUUCUGACAUGUAUUAUAAAAUUCCACGCUAUUCUAAUUUAUUGUACAUUUUUAUAUCCAUUUAUAGCUGCUGUUGCAGGAAAACCUUUCUUAAACCUAAUGUAGUUUGAAUUUUUCUCACAUACUGUACAUCACAGCUCUGAAUGGUUCAAAAUACAGUGAUGUUUUCUAAUUUUCAUCUCACGUUAAAGAAAGGUUUUCUUGCGAUAGAAAUGUGUCACUCUCUCCCCUGAGGGUGAAGUCUUUAAUAAACAUCACUUUCUUGCCACUUUAAAUUGUUUUAUCUUUGACUAAAUUGAUUCAUCCAACAGUGUUUUUAAUGUAUAACUCUUUAGUACCUUUUAAGUCUAUAUUUUUUGUUGUCCCGUCAUACACACAUUUACAGUGGGAUGAAAUCGCUUGCAUCCAUGAACACUGAAGACAAUACAAGGGGGGGGAGAACAGAGCACUAAAAUAAAUACAGUGAAGUACAGAAAACAAUAUUACAAAAUGUACUAAAUACAUAGAACAUAAACAGAACAAGAACGACAUGAACAGGAUGAACCUGUUUAUGUUUAGGAUGAACCUGUUCAUGCCCAAGUCUCACCCCACCUUCAGUGGAUAAUCUCACCUGGAUUCUGUAGACUUGUAUCUAAGAACUGCUGCUGUAAACGACUGUCCCGUGCUCCUCCCAGGACUCUUACUGACACUAUGCUCAUAUUGAACAUUCUUUCAGCACACUUGGAACUGUCUGACUUCACUCUUAUACUGAUUAAACUGAUUUUAUAGUCCCAUUAUCUGGUGGCGCCCAGAAGAGGGCAGGUUCCCUUUUGAGUCCCUUUCUAAUUUCGUCUCACAGCGUAUUAUAAACAAAACCCUGAGUGGUGCAAACCAGAAGAUGCUGCUGUGUAAUAAAGUGCUGAUGUCAUGCAUACGGUCAGUUCAGUUUUUGCAGUCUCAGAAAAGCUGUAAAAUUGUGAUUAUUGGGUUGUUAAAUUUUUUUAAAUACCUAUAGCAUAUCCACUGAC